ACAACACCUCAAUCUGGGACAGGUCCUCGGAUUUGUCACCUAAAAAUAAUGGCUCAGGUGUGGAAUCUCUCACAUCCUCUGCAGUUAAGGCAGAUGCAGAGAAGUCUGCGAUGGCCUUGUCUUCCUUGAGUUGUCCAGUAGUCCAGUGGCCCCACCACAGGCACCAACUUUUCCCAGCACCGAUGGGUGCUCAUGCCCCCUCCACCCUGACUCCACCACUUAACAGCAGGAUACCGAGGGAGGAAAAAUAACUUUUGAAGUGGUAAGAGAAUGGCCUAUUACAGACAGUUGACAAGAAGGUGUGAGUAACAGUAGGGAGAAAUUAGUAUUGGGGAAAUUAAGUUUAGGUUUUGUAAUGACCCAAUCACUCCCAGUCUUUAUUAAGGCCUAAUCUGAUGGUAUCCAGUUUGCAAAUUAAUUCCAGUUCUGCAGCUUCAUGUUGGAGUCUAUUUUUGAAGUUUUUUUCUUGAAGAAUUGCCACUUCUAUUGAGUGACCAGAGAGACUGAAGUUUUCUUCUACUGGUUUUUUAAUGUUACGAUUCCUGAUGUCAGAUUUGUGUUCAUUUAUUCUUUCGCACAGAGACUGUCUGGUCUGGCCAAUGUACAUGGCAGAGGGGCAUUGCUGGCGUAUAUCCCAUUGGUAGACUGACCUCACACUUGGUAAAGGAACUCCUAUCCUUUCAUGUAUUUAUACCUGCUCCUAUAUUUUUCACUCCACGCAUCUGAUGAAGUGGGUUCUAGCCCACGAAAGCUUAUGCCCAAAUAAAUUUGUUAGUCUCUUAAAGUACCACAAGGAUUCCUUGUUCUUUUUGCUAAUACAGACUAACACGGCUACCACUCUAAAAGUAUAAGAUAGUAACUGUAGACCCCAAAACAGAAAGGCCCAUACUUUGAGAGAUUGCUGUUUCAAAGAUUUAGAUGUGACAAAACUCACUGGGAAAUGGUAGUAGUAAUAAUUUAGAGAGGUUUCUGAAUUAUUUGAUUUACUUGCACAUUGUGAGCAUUGUAGAAUAAAUGAGUCCUUAGGACUAGAAUGAGGAAAGGGUGGUAACUAGGCAAAUAGGAAUGAGGAAGGCAUUCCAUGUGUAAAAAAAAUGUAAGUGAACAAUACACUUGUAGGGUGUGGAGACUGACACUGUUGGUAUAGUAUUGAUCUAAGAUUGAGGGUUUGAUAUGUGAGCCAGGGUUGAGUGUGGCAGGGCCUUGAAGGUGAGAAUAAUUUUAAGCCUGAUGCAGUGGGCAAGGGGAAACCAGUGGAUGGAUUCAAAGAGGUGACUAACUUAUUAGAUUGAAGGACAAGGAAUUAUCAGGCAUAGUAUGGAUCACUUUGAGGGUGGUGAAGCAGAUGUUGGUGAGGCUGAAAAUGAGAAUGCUGCAGUAAUCAUCGAUACACAUUCAGAAAGAUACAGAAAUGCAUGCUCAGUGUUGGUACCCUCCUGUGUAUAUGCAGAUAUGUAGUAACCUUGCUGAUCAAAUGUCAGCCACGGGUCAGUAGCUCAGCAAAUCAGUACUACUGAAUGCAAGCUGCUUCCUUGUACUCCAGAAUCUCAGCUACCACUGUAAAAGAAAUUGUCUCCAGCGCUCCUCGUUGCAAGAAACCCGCAGCCACCACCAAACGUGAGCUGAGGAUACGUGAUGCAGUGAUUUGCACCUCAGUCGGCGGCUCGGAGCGGCCCCGUUCCUCGCCCUAGGGCUAUUGACUCUGCAACUGAAUGGCAAUGUAAACCGCCAGCGCUGUCAGCCGGUCCGUGCAGAUCGGAGCGCAGCACAGGGCCCUGGGGAAGCUACUGUGAAGACAGGCGUCGUGAACGACUCACUCGUGGGAAGAGUGAGACCGUGUCCCUGCUCCCCUCUGCUCCCGACUCCGCUCCAGCGCGCGGUCCCUACCCCGGCGGAGUCCCUCCCUCCACGGCUGCAGGCUGGGCCGCACCUGCACAAGACGCAGUCGGGGACAUGAACGCUCCGCGCGCCCCGGGCUGGUGGGGGCUGGGCGGAGAGCACCGAAGGGCAGGGGAGCCACAGGCGGCGCGGGGUGGACAGAGGGGUCCGGAGACAUUUAUCAAGCGCGUGGGCGGGCAGUCGGAGGCCCUACUCUCUAUGGCUGCUCCCAGUGGCUUGUCUGGCCCGCGAUUCCAGUUGCCUCACUAGCCUGGGAGGACCCAAUACUCGCGCCGGCCCUGUGGCGGGAGAGGAAACGAGCUUAUUUCCUCAGAGUCGAGGAGCGGCGGCCGCAACCGAAAGCAUAACCGCACCGGGAACAACCUCACCUACAGUCCCGCCGGCGACUUCCUUCCACCCGGAGCUCAUUCACACGGACACAGGCGGAGUGCCCCCUCGGCGCCUAAUUGGUUCCCAGGUGUGCAGGCUACGCCCCGCCCCGUGGACACGCCCCCACAGGGUAAAAGCUACUGAUCCCAUGGCAACUAAUGUUUCUAAUAGUCCAAGUCUGUGACUUUGCCCAGACGUCAUUCAGUUCUGGCAAGUGGAGUGAACUUAGGAUGUCAGCCAAGACCUUUUGGGGGAUUCUUGCUCUGCUCCGAAUUUUCUGGUGUCUUCUUCCUCAGACAGGUUACCUUCAUCCUGAUGAAUUCUUCCAAUCACCUGAGGUCAUGGCAGGAGAUAUUUUAGACCUACAAGUCUAUUAUCCCUGGGAAUUCCUUUCCAAUUCUCCUUGUAGAACAGUUGUGUUCCCAUUAAUUACAUCUGGCAUUACCUACUGGAUGAUCAAGUCUUUGCAACAGCUAGGCAUGUGGUCAAAUGGCAUCAAUAGCUACACCCUUCUUGUGUCACCUCGUCUUCUCCUCACCACCUUUUCUUUCAUACUUGACUAUAGUGUGUAUCGGCUAGCUCCUUUCUGGGGUGCAGAUCGGUGGAACGCCAUGGUUCUGCUUGCUGGGUCCUAUGUCACACUAGUAUUUUACACAAGAACAUUUACUAACACACUUGAAGGACUUCUGUUUGCCCUGCUGAUGGUACUAGUAUCUCCAAAAGCAGUUGGUUAUGGAACAGACAUCAGCCAGGCGAAACCUACCAGUAGCAGUCUCAUAGGGAUUAUAACAGUUGCUGGGUUUUUCAAUAGGCCAACUUUUCUGGCAUUUGCUUUAAUGCCACUGCUUUACUGGGCAGUUUUAAAUACCACUUCUCAGCACAGCAUUAAAACUAUUGCAAACCACCUCUUGAAGCUUGUUUCAAGCACAGCUUUCACUGCCAUCAUCUUCACAGCAGCUGAUACAUUAUAUUUUACCUCCAUUGGAUCAGAGAUUAGCCUAUACAGCAUUAAAAAGAAUGGCCUGUUAAGCACCAUAGCUCAAAUAAAUCAGAAUGUAAUAGUGACCCCUUUUAAUUUUCUUCGCUAUAAUCUUAAUCCCCAUAAUCUUGCACAGCAUGGGAUUCACCCAAGAUUUACUCAUUUUGCAGUCAAUGGGAUAAUGCUGUUUGGGAUCCUGCACAUUCUGGCCAUCAGUGUUGGUUUAAAAAUGCUGAAAGUAAACAUCCAUCUAUUAUCAUGGAUCAGACUACAUAACUAUAGGCCACCUACAUUGUUAAUGCUUGCCAAGGGCAAUCCAACAUUAUUAUUAUUCUAUUUUGUUCCUUUGGCAUUCCUUUCCCUAUUCAACCACCAAGAACCUCGAUUCCUCAUUCCUCUUAUUUUACCACUAGUCCUAUUGAUCACACCGCAGAAUAGAACCCUGAAGUGGAAACCCAUCAUUAUUAUUUUCAAUGUUCUUGGUGCCCUUUUGUUUGGGUGCUUACACCAGGGAGGGCUGAUCCCAUGCCUGUUUCAUUUAGAACAGCUCAUACAUUCUACAGAGUUCCUGAACCAUCCAGCACACUAUAUUCUACUCUUUGCUCACACCUAUAUGCCUCCCAGGUUUCUGCUCAGUAUCAACAAGAGAGACCCAUUAGUAGAAAUAAUUGAUAUGGCUGGAACUGAAGAAAACACCCUCUGCCAAACACUGGGACAAUUAGCAAACAACAUUGCCUGUGGGACUAGAGAGACUGAUAAAGAAAGAACUUGUCAUUUUUUUGUUAUAACCCCUGGUACAGUCAGAACAACAAUACAAAAAUGUGGGGUUUUGUUCAAGAAUGAGACGUUAAUAUUUCCACACUUGACAAUGGAAGAUCCACCACAAAUAUCCUUUCUAUUCAGUGAAAAAUGGAGAAGUCAGUUAGGACUAUACAUCCUUCAGAUAGACAGAAAUGAACAGAGCAUUUAGUUAUUAGAGGAUUUAUGUUUCACUUUUUAAUUGUAUUUUAGUCUGGUGAAAGUUGCUGGAUCAACAGUCCUGGAGAUUGAUGUUCUCUCCCUUUAUUCACAGACAUGAGUACAGCACAAGCAGUGGGAGUGCAAACUUCCCCAUAUUGUCCCCCCCCACUAUAACCCUCACCAGUGUUCCUUAGCCCUGUUCUGGAUGGAUGCUAUCUAAGUGUGAGGUCAUUCAAUCUCCAGAAUUGUUUUUACACCAGGAUAAUUUUCCUGCUGGGAGAGGACUAAAUCAGAGAAAAAAGACUUAAAUUCUCUGCACAAAACUUUCCAGACGGUUUUGGGUCAGUUCUUCUUGUGUCAGGUAUAAUGUUUCAUUUUUUGAUUUCUUUUAUUAUAUCUCUUGGAUUAUACUUUUUAUUUAUGUGCCUUAAUGCUACAGAUAAGCAUUCAGGGCCUCCUCCCAGUAGUUACAGCAGGCUCCAGUCAUGAUAUAGAAUUCAUCUUUAUGAGCACCUCAGUUACAGGAUUGUGCAUGAUCAGAUAUAUCCUCUCAAGGGAUUGUAUCAUGUCCUUGAAAAAGGAGUGGGAUUAGUUUCAUUGUCUAGUAAUGUCUAAUGUUUUAUCACUAGCAAGUCAGAUCCUAGGAAUGGAAACCCCAGGUUCAAGUCCCAAACCAGCCACUGCUUAGUCUUACUGUUCAUUUAGCUUUUCCUGCUACAGGGCCAUUUAUUUGUGGAAACAGUAUAUUUUAAAUUGCCUUUCUGUUAGGAGUGGAUCUGAACUUGAACCCUGGAUCCACAGAUCCCUGAACUACAGUGAAGGGAAUUGCAGAAGUUGAACCAAGAUCUGGAUAGAAAUUUCACACAGGUGACCCCCUUUGGAAACAGGAGUUUCGUUCUGGGCAUUAUGGACAAACACUUCCAGACUUCGGGGAAAUAUUAAUCCUGAUCCAAACCUUGUAUGUCAAGCCGUCUGUUUCAGAUGAACCUGCCAGUGAUAAAUGGGACCUGUUCAAAUGCCAGUCAUACUACACGAAGGGCAUGGUACAUACAGUUUCAGAUCUUAAAUGCCAAUUUUACAAGCAGACCAAAUAAUGGACUAUGAAGAUAGUUUAUGGGGCCAAGUUAUAAAAAGAAAUCAAGACCAAGUCCUAAUAUCAAGAAUUUAUCAUUGUUUGCCAGAUUUCACAGAAGACAAUGCCCAUGCUUGGCAUUCUGAUCAAUGUAAAUAGUUUUUGGUCUCUGCAAAGCACUUUAUACUAGGGGGGAAAGCUGUUUUUCCUAACUGUGGAAAUGCAUGUAGGUUAUGUGUGUUUGUUUGCUUUGCUGUUUUAUGUAACAUUACAAGAAGGUAUGAAAACACCUUGAUACUGUACUGUAUUUUUCAGGUUAAUUCUAUGGUUUUUUAUGCUGCUACAUGUUUCUGGAAAGAAUCUUGUUCCAUAUGUUUUGUGUUAUAGUUGGGUGGGGGUGUUGUACUAACUUUUCAGAACCAUAUUUAAUAUUUCAGAACUUCCUUGGUGUUCAUAGCAGAAUUAAGUGAAGGCUCUUAGUAAAGACCUGUACUUCUUUUCUAUAUCUUGGAAUGUAUAUAACCUCCAUCACCAUAGUAUCUGAAAGUCUUAUAGCUCCCAUUUGAUAUAGUGAACUAUUAUUCUCCAUGGUACACUGAAAUCGUGUGGCUUUUCUAUGGUCACAGAGGCAG